AUGUACGCAAAGGGUACGCGAGGUUUGCGUAACCUUGAUGAGACACUCGCGGCGCUACGGCAGAAUGCCCGCCAGGAAGCGCGUUUGACUCGGGAGGAAUUACGACGCUACGUAAUCCGUGAGGACAUUCGCCGCCAGAAUGCGGAACGUCGGUUUCAGCAGCAGGGGGAGUUGCUUAAUGGUGCCCGCUCCGGUAAUGUCACUUCGGCUUCUGUUGGGUGCGAGAGCGAUGCGGCGCUGCCUGGUUGGUAUGAUGGCCAAUUCGCCCCCCCUGAUGCGGGAGAUAUGAACUCUGAUGCCGCCAUCCAUCACGGUGAUGCGGGUGAUAUCGUGGAGGAUGUGACGGAACGGGUAUCCCGGGCUGCACACACGCUUUACCCUCAGCUUCUCAAUGAGAUAGAUGCUUGUGCUGUUGACCUAUGGCCUCGGCAGCAUGACUGUGUAGAUGGAGAUGAGGAUGAAGAAAGCGUGCAAGUAUUUAGUGGUGACUGUGUGGUGGAAUGGAGUGGAAAUAGAUCACCUCUUUUGCUACGUUGCACGCGUCCUUCGAGUACCGGCUAUCUUCCACUAGUACCAUCAUCUACAGGGAAGGAAGUGCUGCCUCGCGGGCGGAGCGGUAACACAUCGAAAGUAACCGAAACCAAACCACCGGUUGUUUGUUUUGAUGGGGAUAUGUGUUCGAGGUUGUAUGAGUAUGAUGGUGGGGCUGAUCCACUGAAGUCUGCUCUGCUUUCCGCCAAACGAAUGUGUGAAGGGCGAGGAGUUGUGUCGGGUAAUUCACCCAGCGAAACGAAGGGUCCUUUAGCCCCCCAGCGGCCAACGAAGCGUUGUUGGGACCCACGAGCUGCCAACAAGCCUGUGCUACACAGCGUAGGCACUGCUGUAGCUGAGAGCUCUGCGAAGUCUAUUGCGAAGAAGAUUCGCCAGUCAGUGAAGCAGCAGCCGCAUGGUACGGGUGACAAGGGGAGUCAGGAUGUAUCGGAGCGCAUUUUUGUUGAACCGCGAAGCUUCGUUACGGAGCCCAAGGGUGAAGAAGUUAUUUAUGUCCAAGUCGCACAACCGCUCAUGGCUCACUUCUGUGAUGGUUGUGGUGCUUGUGCGGCGCGGGACGUAACCACCGGUCUGCCGGAUUCGUGCACAUCAUGCGGUGAGACAUUUGGUCCCGUGGCACCGAUGCGGCGGUACAUUUCAUCAGAUGAUGAUGGUGAGGGGUAUUCAAUGAACCGCACUGCGGCGCGCGGGAGGUCGGGGUCUUCAGAAGUGAAGGCGGAUGUGGGAGUUGGUGGCUUGGAGGCGCACGGUGUUCCCCCUGAUGUUUCACGUGCCAAAUCUCACAGGGCAGCAACGAUGGGAACUGAGGUGCAGAGGCCCUGUUCCGUUGGCGGUUCCGCUGUUGCCACACAGGCUGGUGCAAGAAAUGGUCCAAAGCCCCUUCCGCUGACUGCAAAGGGACUUUACUUCCUUUACUUGUGGGACCAAGCGGUGUCUCGCAGCUAA